ACGAAGGACUUUAACGAACGCCCAAAGCAAGAGGCGUCGCGUACAGUCGAAAAGUUAACGAUGAAAAUUGCAAUAAUUGGCGCCGGGGUAAGCGGUUUAGCUUCUAUAAAAUGCUGUUUAGAUGAAGGACUCGAGCCAGUUUGCUUUGAGAAAAGCUCUAGUAUCGGCGGUCUGUGGAAAUUUUCCCACGACCAAGAAAUGGAUACAAACGUGAAAAGUGGGUCGGUUUAUGAGUCAACAGUCAUCAACACUAGCAAAGAGAUGACCUGUUUCUCGGAUUUUCCCGCUCCGAAGUAUUUCCCGCCGUUCAUGCCGCGUGAUCACGUCGUGGAAUACCUGCAGAUGUACGCUGAGAAUUUCAAACUGUCAAAGCACAUUCGCUUUAACGUGACUGUACUCGAUAUAAGCCGCACCCUGAAUCACAGGAAUACAGGCCAAUGGAGAGUUUCCCACAAGGAUAUCAACGGAAACGUGACAGAAAGCAUUUUUGAUGCUGUUAUGAUUUGUAAUGGGCACCUAUCAAAGCCAUAUUUUCCGGCUUUUAAAGGGAUUGAUGCAUUUCAGGGACAAAAGUUGCACAGCCAUGCGUACAAGAGCUACCGCGGAUAUGAAAACAAAGUUGUUGUUGUCAUAGGUAAGUUUCAAACGAUUGAAAAAAGCUUUUACUUUUACGAAAUAAACUUAGUAUCUUCGAUAGAGCUUAACGUUAGGUCAUUACUAGCACUACACAGAGGGCUUCAAAAAGGUAGUUCUCAUAGCCGAUGACUAUGUUUUAGGGCAAGCCGGCUUUUUUGUUUUGUAACCGAUUUCAAUCCCUUCUGAGUGACUCGUAUCACAUAAAAUUCUUGACUUUCAAGUAGCUUUUUUCACUUGUUGAUGCCUAUCAAACACCAUGAUCAUUUGUUUAAUUACUUAACUAAUAUAGAGAAUUUGUGCGAAAUUUUGUUGUUAAAACUAAACCAGACGUAAUAACAUUAAUUGACUAUUUAUUAAAUUAGUUUUCUCUUCUCUGGGAAAUUAAUCGAGAAUCAAGGAAGAGCAAGAAAAUCACUUGUAAAAAUUGGAUGUUUCUGGGUGUAGCGGAAACCAUUGUUGGUUCCCUUUUGUUUUAUGGUGUGGGUAUAGUUUAGAGUCUUUUCAAUUUUGUAUUACGUCAUUUGGUGAUUCACCAAGAACCUUCCCAAAAAUUAAGUUCUUUUGUAUGAUUUCUUAUCGGCAAACAGAAAAUACUAUCCGUUUACUAUCCUAAACUCGUUUAUUAUACUAAGAUAAUCCGGUCUUGUUUAUUUUCCAAAUUUAUUUCCAGCCCUGACAGGUGCCUUUUAUUCACGAUGAUUUUUUCCUCUCGCCCGAUCCCUAAAAUAAAUUCAAGUGAAUGUACAGUUGCAAGUUAAAAAGAGAUAAAAACAAAGUUUGCGCAGAUAAUCGUGGUUGCUAAGGAACGGUUCACACCUGGUAACCGGGUACGUUGCCGAGUAAAGUACUCACUGGACACUACAGUUCCCGAAUACUCGAACCCUCGCUAACUCGAACCUCGCACUAACUUGAACCAGAAUCGAUUUCUCCUGGAAUUCCCAUACACUUACUGUAAUUUUACCCUUGAUAACUCGAACCUCCCGCUAACUCAAAGUAGUUUUUGUUUCCCCUCAGAUCAUCUCUCUAUAAUUUUUCCCUCGAUAACUCGAACCAUGUUUUGAGCCCUUAAAAAGUCGGGGAGAAAAACAGUCUACUGGCGUCCGAAACAGUGAAUUUAGAAUUUUCCCAUUUACGUGCGGUAGGAGUAUAGUUUAUUGGUGGAGACUGGUGUUGAUUGUCUCAAAUCUAACGUGAAACAGUUUUAUUUCUCAAACAGUAAAACGAAUGCUCUAGUUAGACAAUGUUUUGUUACGUUACGUUCUGAUUUAUAAUCUAGAAGUAUCUUUUAAUUUUCACUUAACAUUUCUACAAUUAAAUGUGAUUAAAAUGUUCACUGUGCAGUUAAAACUGUUCUUUUUCUUACUCCCGGCUAUUUUCUUCGAGCUCCCGAUAACUCGAAUUCCCGAUAACUCGAACUUUUUUCGAUUUCCCUUGAAGGUUCGAGUUAUCGGGAGUCGACUGUAUAGUGAACACACCCUUUUUUUUAAAGUGUCCACGCUCGGAAUUGCGGCACUGUGCUGGUGCCAAAGUACAAGAUAGACCUUCUACCCCGACCUCAGUACUCGGGCGAUGAAGUGAGCGCCGAGUCCAUAUGUACAUACGUUUUCUCUUGUUCUGAAAAAAUCCACUACUUUGUACUCCCUACUACGCUCACGACUCAAAAUGGCGUCUUUGAAAGGGCGAAAUGUAGCAAAUAUACUAACAAAUAGAUGUCAGGUACUCGAGGUGUGAACACAACAGCAUUUUGGGCCGGUAUCUAGGCAUUACUUUUCAGGCACUUUGCGUGAAUUGCUGAGUACCAGAGAUAAUCAUUCAUUCAAAGCUAUAAUUGUUAUUCUUUCUUCUUUCAGUUUCGAGCUUAAUUCACUACUUUCGGCAAUGAGAAUUCAGAAGCAUAACGAACACAAAAUGUAUCCGUUGAAUGUUUAUUGCUUUGAAGAAAAUUAAGUAAACCGACUCAUGCCUUUUCGAAAUAACAUAUUUAGAUCCUCAUCUCACAUCGUAACUGAACGGGCGCGACCUAGUUUUUGUAUUGCUGUUAUGUUCUUUAUAGUUUAAUACAUGACAGUUCUUUCCUUGCUCUUUUUUUAAAAUGAUAAUGAAAAAAAAAAAAAAAAAAAGGAACAUCGACUUAAGUCGUACAAGUAAUGAAAAAAAUAAAAGGAGCAUUGACUUCAAUCGUACAAAGUUUUGAGAAUGACAACUUUCACUACAAUGAUUUUUCUUAACUCAGAUCAGAAAACUUGAUAAAAUAAUACGUAAAUAUCUACAUUUUCAUUUACUUAAUUUUUAACUUACUGGAGUGAUUCCAUGUUGCGGACAUUACAUUCAGAUACUAAAAUUAAUAUUCUAAACCCCAAUUUAGAUGUCAAAAUGUUCAUUAAGAGUGUUCAAACAUAUCUAGAAAGUAUUUUUAGUGUUCCCUUUGUACCCACUAAAAAGAUGCUUUGGUUAGCUCUCAAGACCUUGAAGGUAUGAGUUGAAGAAAGUGUGUUUCGGACAUUACAAUUUAAACAACCACUUUUUAAAGUAACUUCCUUUAAAGAGAUUUUCCUGUGAAUUUUCAACCUUGAGCAGAAAAUAAUUGUGCCUUCAAAACAUGACAAUAAUUACAAUUUUCAACUGUCAAAAAAAAAGAUCCAUGCAACCUUGUUCCAAUGAUUCUAUACAAACAAAAGUUUGUGUUCACUUUCUAGUCAGUGUUGCUGACUGUGGCUACGUCCAAUUGUUCUGUAGUUACUUCUCUAAAAAUGAAGCUGUGAAGUUAUCAUUCACUUUAUUUAUGUUCUAUUAUAAUAUUAUAUAAUUUCCUGCUGACCUAGUAUCACGCAAUACCAGCCAGAUGUUUUGCAGCUGUACUGACUCCUUAAAAUAAUUUCAAAAUUAAUUUGAUUACAUCUCAAGUAAAUGUUUUGAGAAAAAAAAAACGUUCUCAGUAGUGAGGAGAUUAUUUUGUUUUUUCUAAAACUGAUUUAGCUACUGAAAUUAUCAUAUUUUGUCAUUCAGCAUAAACUGUAAAUUUGCACUAAAAUUGGUCAUUGUUCACUACAUAUAUUAUUACAAAUUCUACUUAACAAAAUAAUACUCAUUCAAGUUUGCAGAAGAAACAAUGACGGUAAGUGGUUUUCCUCAAAAAGCAUGCUUACAAACUGUUCUGAGCAUGCUCAGCAGUAGAGAACCCGUGACCAGCUACACAAUUGGCCAUUUUGGAGUUGCAUAGAGAGCUGGGGCAAGUUUCAAAGUUAAACUAAUCGAUAAACUGACACCACCAUAUAAAAGUUCGUGUUGACAUUUGUUAUUUGACCAGGUUUGGUGCUCUUAAGUCGAACAGGGAUCAACUUAUGACUCUUGGAACAUGGUUAAAGAUCCCUACAAAUGUCUGUAAUUUUGUGACAGCGUCACCAAAACCAUAUAAACUCUUCACGAUACUUUUCAGUUUUUCUGUUAAACUGCAAAAUUAUCAUGCAUCUAUGCUACUUUAUGGAAGGAACUAAUUCGAAAAUCACUAUGUUUGCCCAUUUUCAAAAUUAUCACAGAAAUCAUAAAUUAUUUAGAGUGUUUUUAAUAGUUUGUAAGUUAAAUUCAACCUUUUUGGACAUUACGGAAAAGCUACCAGCUAUUUUUAAUUUGCCAUUUACAUUUGUACAUCAAUAAAAAGCAAUUUAGCGUUAAGUAGGCUGUUGUCUGAAUCUAAUUCAGAGUUAGUAAGAAGGAAAUAUCUGCAACAGCCUAAAUAAAUGAAAAAUCUAACAUGUGUAAUGUCCGCAACACUUUUCAACUUAUAUAAUUUUUCUGAGCAAAGAAAACCCACUCUAUUUUAAUCUCAAAACAUUUCCUGGCUAUACAUCAGACUAACUGAGCAGCAUCAAUAGCAAAUGAAAAUACAGUGCACUGCGGACAGGAACUGAAAAUAGGUACCUUAAUGUUGUGGACAUUACGUAAUGUCCGCCACACAAAUUCAAUUUCAAUUUUCUUAGGAAAGUGUCAGUAGCUGGAUAAUUAUUUAUGGCGUAAUGAUAGUGUAAGGCAAAGGUUAUACACACAUACUUUUAUGUUAAUUGUAAUGUUUUCUUAGAUGUUAAACUUGGUUUAAAAUUUCCUUCCAAAAAUUCCAAAUAUAAUGGGAUUCAAAUUCUCUGGAUUUCAUGCCUUCUCACAUUAAGCACAUGGAUAAGACGCACAAGAUCUUAGUAAUUUCAAACAGCCCAUUGUUUCAGCUUUCUGUUGGUAUAAGUUUCAUUGCGCAAAAUUUUAUUUUAAAAAAUUCAAAAUUUCAUUGUCUGGCGUGGAAUUGCCCAUUGAUGUACACGAGCACUGCCGGCAUGCAGAAAAUUACAUUUUUAAUUUGAGCCGAGGAGGUGCGAGUGGAAUUUAUUCAAGCUGUUCCAGACGCCCUACCCCACCCCCUCGCUGCUCGCUGCUUCACAUCUCUUUGCGCCGUCCCCAUGAUCUGAAUGAAGAGAGGAUAAAGGGGACCUCCGUUAAAUUUAUCAAAGAAUCCCCGGCUAAGAUAAUUGUCCAAUACAGCUGUAGAAUAAUCGGAGAGCAAUAACUGGGACUAGAGCUUUUAGGCCUUUGAAAUAAAAUUCGUAGUGUUAGGAAGUAUUUUUUCUUGUACAACUAAUUAUUAAGAACUUGAAAUUCGACAUGCAACUUGUUCAUUUCUGUCAAGAAUUAAGAAUUAACUAAUUAGCGAUAAACACCAAAUAUGAAUACGUCAAACACUGCCUAGUGUACAAAGCGCUAUAAAUCUGCUAAGGGCCUCGCAAGGUUGUUGUCUUUCAGUGAACGUGGAUAACAUAACGUUAUCCACGGAAUCCAACUGCGCUCUCUGACGCGGAAAGGAAUUUAUGGUGAUCAAUUAUGUGAUGAAGUCGUUGCUUUCAGUCAUUUGUUUUUGAGUUUUGGUAUUUUCAGGUUUUUCUUAUGUUUAGGGUAUCCGAGUGAUUCUUUUGUAGUGUGUGCUGGUAAACAGUUGGUAAACAGUUCAUAGUCCAAGGAAAUUCAAUGCGUAGCUCACACGAAAAGUUCCUGAGUUUUUGAGUUGUAUCAUCUACAUUGGGAGGAUUCGUUUAACUUAAUUGUAGUUCUUCUUGAAGUAGGCAUGUUUGGGGACAGUACCGAAUCUAGACCUUGAGAUAAGAGGGGAAGGGCGGUCAUCCAGACCCUUAGAUAUGGGGGGAAGCAGUCUCCAAAAUUUUUUUUUUGGCCUUUCGGGCCUCAAUUUGGUCUAAAAUUAAGGGGGAGGAGGCCGAACCCCCGAGCCCCUCCCCUGGAUCCGCCACUGGGGAAUUAUAGCUGACCUUGAGUUAUACCUACACCGAAGCCGUUCCUGUUUUGUAUGAUUGGUUCUACCGAGCAGUUUUAAAAACACACUUUAAUAGUAAUUCCCCUAGGGACUUUUCAGUCACUAUUUAUAAAAUAAAAACCAAAGUAUAAAGGAAAUAUUUUACAUUAAAACUAUUGUUCAGUUUUUAAAUGUUUUAACGAGAGGAGCAGGCUUUUAAACUGUCACCUAAGUUGUUCCACAUGUUAACAGCUCUGUAAAUAAAGUUCUAAGCAAGUUUUACUGCUAGCAUUCAAUUGGUUCAUUGGUACUUGUAAAUUAUGACAGUGUAUUUUAUUCUCCACAAGUUAAGCGACAGCUUAUGCAAUGGAAAGUUCUCACAGUCAGCUAACCCAAACACACCUACAAUCUGAUUAUUUAAUUCGCUAAUGAUGGGCUUGUUAGAAGAAGAAGUGUUGUUGUGGCUGUUGAAGGCCGAGAAGAAUAAAAGUAGAAGAACAGACUGAGAGUCUUAGUAUCUUUCUCGUUAACUGGCCAAGAGAGCUAUACAUCCUCUAACAUACUUGGGGGAGAACCCAGGCAAUGAUUUAUUGGUCGGUUAUGGAACCUGGUCUCUAACUAGAAUCGAAUCACAUCGAGGAUCUCUUCCGAGAAGAAGUCUGCACACAUCUAAAUUUUGGAAGAGGAUUUAUUGCAUGCAAUUUCGGAGUUACCUAAGUGUUGUUAGUUCUAUGUUAUCACUAAAAGUUCUUGGUAUGCUCUGACUAGUGUAGUACAUACUAGCCUACGUAGAAGGCGCUUGGAAGAAAUGAAUGCAAGAAGGAACGGGGCGCGGAAGGGAGACACGCGAGGGGAGAGGGAACGCCUGCCCGAGAGGCCCAUGAAAAUUGUUUUUACUCGCUUUCUGAGAGUGCGAAAAAUUCCCAUUGGUUGAGGGUUCCAAAGGAGAUAAGUGUUCGCGUUAGGCGAGAAAACUGUCAAAGAAAGAAAUCGUUUGUAAACAUGUAGUACAAUAAAAGGCAGUCAAAGUCUUGUAAACACCACUAAAUGGUAUACUUGAAGAUCAGAUCUUGGAGUUCUCUAAUUCAAUGGGACUAUGUGGCUAAAAUCUCAAAGAAAAGUUGAAGGGUUCAAGGGGCAUUCACAAAGGAACGAUUUGACAUCAAACACCCCAUCGCGUGCUUCCCUCGCGCGCCCCGUUCCUUUCCGCCCCCGUUACUUCCAAAGCGCCUGCUACGCAGGCUAAGUAUAGUACAUACAGGAUCACACAGCGAACUAAGAGAUCAGACCAUGUGUAAGGCGUUCGUUUACAAGAGGUUAAAAACAAUGGAAAGUGAUAAAACCAUAUCCCAAAAAGUGGUCGCGGUUUCUUGCGAGAUGUGGUCAUUUACGAGAGGCUCCGACUGUACGAUUUUGACUGGGAAAUUUUUGGUGUUUUGGAUUUGUGGUCGCUUAUACCGGGCUGAGAAGUGGUCUCUUACUAGAGGUGAACACACAUGGAGGUUCGACUGUAUUCAAAUGUUUAAGUAUGUAGUCAAACCAUGAGAUGCCAUCAAGAGACUUGCUCGAUAUUUGUAUUAAGGCUUUAGGAGGCUAUUUUUCAAUAUCAAAGCGCUAUGUAGCCAAUAAACACAAUGACAAUCAAAGAUUGGCCGCUUUGGCAACUAGGCUUUCGGUGCGCUUAUACAUGAUUUAAACAUUAUAGGAAAUUAAACCAGCGAGAGAAUAACUGAUGUAAGUCUCCUUCAUACCAAUGAGUACGAUUCUUUCAUAAUUCUUCUGGAAAACAAAUAAGAUAACAAUUUCGUUGUACUGGUAUUGUCUCUGGUCGUCUUAAGUAAAAACUGGAAAAAACUCAGAACAUGUCGAGACCAAUAUACAAUCAAAUACUCAAGUAAUUUCAAGAAUGAUCGAAUAGUAGUGCGGUGAAAAUCUUAGAGCCUUGCCUUACUUAAGUCAUUUACGUUAAAAGAGAAUGUUGAUUAGAAUACUACUCCAUUAUGGACGAAAUUUUAACGGAUGUUCUCAAAAUAUUGUUACUAAAAUCCGACCUUUGAUUACAUCAAGUUCAAGGUAAAAUAUUUUUUAUGUAUACUACAUAAGAGGCAUUACAAUUAUCUAAAACCCAUUUGUAACAGGGCUCGAAAUUAAAAAAAAUGUCUGGUCGCAAAUUUGCGACUAGUUACGAAAAUUUGGUCGCAACUUUGAAAAUGUUAGUCGCGAAAUUAAUUGAGGCCAUUUAAUCAAGAAAUAAGUAGGCUUUUAAAUGAUUACCGCUUUAAUUUUCAUUCUUUCAACAGCUUUCAUGUCAUUUCGAGACUUAAUAGUACAGAACGUUUAGCGUCUCGGACAACACCAGUUCAUCUAAACGAUCAAGUUGAACCUGCGUUAAGGCACAUAAAUUAGUGUCUGUUAUUUUAGUCAAAGCGAUAGAUUUCCAAAUCAUGAACAGAUAUUACAGCAGGAAACUGCAGUUCUUAAAUGCCUCCAAUCUCUGCAAAAUAGCAAUAACAUUUGUACUGGGCGGACAUCCGACAUGGUUAUAGGUUACGUUACGUAACUAAAUUCCUUUAGUUUUACCUUUUGCAGGUUUUCCACCGAUGACAAAACAAGUAACGAAUUCUUUUAUAUAUUAAGCUUUGCAUCUGAAGUAUCAGGGGUGUUACUACAGUGAUUAUUCAAAGAACCCUGAAGGACUGAAUCAUUCAAUACGACGAUACGUGCCAUGCGGACAUUCCGCCAUCUUUGUUUGCUAAACCCCGUUUUCAUGUAUACGUAGAUUCAUCUCGAGGAAGAUUACUGUAUCUUGGUUUUGGCUGCUGACUGAUUAAACGUGAGAAUUCCUCUUGUUUUCUUGAGUAUAUAACUUUCGCUCGGGUCGAUUUCUUCGUUUAAAAUGUGACCUUUGAAACAAUUUAAGUCGCUUUCAUCCGACAUAAUUGACUCACUAAAGAAGAACACAUGUGUACUGUGAGGGCCGUAACGCGAGUCAUAAACGCGGGAAAAGUCCUCAGCAGUCCUCAGCAUGCUGGCGGGACUGUCAGGGGCAAAUCAAAACGAAAUAUGAGCCUGCAAUGUACAUGUUUACAGAACCCGCUAAAAAUGGUGUGCUGUUGAAGGAAUAUCGUUGCGUGUAUGCAUUCCAGGUAAAUUACGGUAAACCUUCAGAUUGUAACAAAAUUAUAAGACACUACUUCAAUGAAUCUUUUUAUUUCUAAAUUUAUUUAAGCAAAAAUUCAAGUGCUAGUCCUUUUAUUUCGUACCAGUUAAGGGAAAACCUAGCCGCAAAUUUGCGACUACUCUCGUUUUUCUAGUCGCAAAUAAGAAAAAUUGAGUCGCAAAUGCGACCGUAUCGGUCGCAAUUUCGAGCCCUGUGUAAGCCUAUUUUCUAAACAAUAUCACGCUAAAACCGAUCUACUACCACAAAUCAAUCUGAGCUAAUGAGUUACGGUUUAAAGAAUGAGAUAAUCGACUCAGAGUUACAGAAACAGAUUUCUGCUCUGCGUUUUAGUUUUGAAAGCCAUUCCUGAAACCCCCUUUUCCUUAAAGAAACAAAACUUACGCAAGAGAUAGUUCAGUUUCGUAGCUUAAAAACGAGAUAAACCAAACCCUCAGAAAGAAUUACACCACAAGCACUGAAUAUCUGAUACAAUUGCGAGUAACUUUCAAGUCUUCGAUGCUUAGAUAUAUCAGUACAAUGAAACCUUGAUAUAACGAAGUACUUCAAGUGACAUUCUGGUAUGACAAAUGACCAGUUCUUCGCUCCCUAUUAUAGUAAAAUCUAUGGAACAGAGCACCCAUCGAUACUGUGAUAACCUACUCCCGUUAACGGACGCUUUUAGACUGUCAUUAUGGGCUGAUAUCGCUCAUGGUCUUCAAGAGAACCAUGAGAACGUCAUGAGAGUCUACUAACAGUGUUUUUAGCUUCAAAUGGUUGGGAACGUUCAAUGUAAAAUAUAGCCGACGUGUAGCCGCACCCUCCCCCCGACAGGUACAGGGGUAGGCUAUAUCAAAUAGUACUAAACGACAAUAACAAAAUGCUAGAACAGUGUGUUGACUUCUCACCUGGCCAAGGUAGAGAGUUCUCACCCGAGUAAAACCUUUAGAAGGCAGGUCUAAAAACGGGCGAGGUAAUGUAAUGUCUUGUUCUAAUAUCAUGAAAAGGGUUAAUAUGCAGUGAACUGGGCGGCACACGCCCAUCAAGAAUUCCUAGCAGCAUCUCUCGGGUUAGAGACUAUCACUCGUUGUAAUUUGAAUAAACUGAUCACAGAGCUUGGUAAACGGAAUAUAAACUGAAAAGGCCAGUGAAAGCCUAAUACCACCUCUCUUUGGCAAAUGUCAAGUUUUUUUUUUUUUGAAGCAGGCUACGUGAAGGACUAAUGUAGCGAAGCUAACCCAAUAUUGCUUUCUUGUCUCUUGAGCUAAUUCACGUGCAGUUCACGUGAUGAGGGGAUUACAGUAAAAACCGACGACUAAGAAACUACAUUUUGCCAUGUUAGCCUAAACAGGGUCUUACAUAAAUGGUAAUUAGCAACAAUUUAGGCUAUUUACGUUUUAAAUUAAUACAUGUGCGGCUAAGAGUAUUAAAUGACAUUCAGCUCAUUCCUUAGGUAAAACCCGUCUACAAUUACAAUUGCAGUUGGAGUAAUAAGGCACCUAUGUCUCCAAAGAAGAUCCUAAAUAUUGACUCGUCUUAUAUAUUUGCUCAAGUGUAUAAAAUUUUUUAUAUAGAUUUUAGAAAAAAAAUCGGUUUCAAAUUUUCUGCUUAACAGGUUCUUGUGUAGUCUAGAAGGGGCCCAAAUGGUAAAUUAUAGCCUUAUUACUCUUGGGCUUUUACUGCAUGUCAGUUCAUUGUUUCUUAGUUGAUGUUAAAACUACCCAGCAUCGAUCUGCUCGCAAAACGUCUAGUCAGGGCAAACGACAAAACUAUGAGCAGAUAAAAACAGUCUAAAACAAUCCUUAUGGUUUUUAAAGUAGCGUUAAAUUAGGCCCAGUUCAGACGUCGUGCUUCUGCCGUGCCGAACUAAAUUCAGGAAUUAAGUUCGACAAAAGCACGGCAGAAGCGCGGCGUCUGAAUCAAACUUUUGAAUUAAGUUCGGCAAGCAAUUAAGUUCGACAAGCGCUGCCGUGCCACACGGCUCUGGCACGGCAGCGAUUCAAACGUCGUGCUUCUGCCGCGCUAAACAAAAUUCAUAAAUUAUAUUAAUGAAUUUUGGCGAGAUUGCGUUCCCACGGGGAGUUGGGAGAAGAAUUGUUACGAGGCAUCAGUAAAUCCUGAAUUUGGUUCGACUCUGGCACGACGUCUGAAUCAAAGUUGUUUUCCUGCCGUGCUACAGUCGAACCAAAUUACAAUUAAGUUCGGCACGGCAGAAGCACGACGUCUGAACUGGGCCUUACCUUCUUUUUUGCAAAAGGACUAACAAGUGGUCACAUGGCACAAAUUCACGUUUUCUAUAAACGUGAUUCUACAUCUCUAUAACAUUUAUAAGGUACUGAACCUGUGGUGAAUAAUUAUUUGGUAUAAUUAUUCAGACGAAUUUAGGAGAAAAAAGGGAAACCCACAGUUAGAAUUGUUAGUUCUGUAGCGGUUUGUAGUGAAAUGUUUACGCAUGAAGCCUGCAUUCAACCACCAUGGUACAGAGAAGCAAUGGGGAUGCGCUCGAAAUGCGAAGAUUUUGUAAUAAAGAAUUGUUCAGUUUGUGAACUUGGCAAAAACUCCUUUUUUCUCACUUUGAACUGUUUUGUGAAUUGGUUGUGUUAGUUAAACCAGUUAUUUAAAAAUUGGUUCAAAUCGUAUUCCUUGAAUUAAGUUGUUGUUUUGAUGUUUUCCGCAGACAACGUCACCAUUUUCAUUCAUAUCAACAAACACCAGGAAAUGCCAUAUUUCUUUUAAAACUGUUGAAUUGUCCAGUGACGGAAUUUUGUUUACAUCAGUGCUUUCUCCUUUCCUGUAAAUAGGUUCUACUGGGGAAACUAGUCUGUUAAACAUGCUAAAAGAUGAAAGUUUUGCUAACUUAAGUUACUUUUUUGUUGUUGUCUCUCACUAGCUAGCGUUGGCCGCUUACCAUAAAGUGUAAAAGACUUUUUACAGCCAUUAAACAAUCAAAUCUUACCUUAAAUUGUUUUUACCUAAAAUAAGAGACAUCUUUACGAGGUUUUCGAGAUCAAUUUUCCUCCACUGUACUUGGCGUUGCUCAUAGUUUGCGCUGAAUCUGGUAAAGCCAAAGAACGGUCGAAGAACUUCGAAGAAUUCUUCGAAGAACGAAAUUUUCUUCACAUGCACUGCGAGCUUCUGCGCGCGCGUCAACCAGCGUCAUUUUGGCGGGAAAACGUGUGGUAGCCGUCAAAAUUAGAAGUGUUUUUGCGAUCGGGAGAGGGCUUUCUCCGUCAAUAAAAUUUUACCGUGUUCUCUUUCUGGUGAAAAGAGGAAAAAUGAAGCUUUCCUGGGUGACUCUAUUUUUAAUUCGCGAAAAAACCCUUCACGUCAGAUCUUCUUUUCCCGCGAAGUGCAGGGAAAUGUGACGCAAUCCAUUCGACCAAUCAAAGCGUGCAAAUCUCCAACCACGUUCCCAGAGAGAAAAAACCUGGGAGCGAGGUUUGCAAAUCUCUGAGUUAUUACACCAAUAGCGUUAAUAGCAUAUAAGGCGUGUGGAUUACAUAGUUGUUAGCAAAAUCGAGAGAACAGAAUCAAAGUGUGUGUCUGGACAAAAAUGUCAUCGUUUGUCUCAUUAUGUCAUCACUUAGGAUGAAGAUCGCUUAGCAUCUGCGAUGUCCCAUUCUGUCUUCACAUUUGUUACAAAAACGCUUUAACCUUUGCUUUAAUUAAUCUCCACGCAGGUCUUGGCAAUUCGGCUGCAGACAUCGCCGUUGAACUUAGCCGCCACGCCUCCCAAGUCUACCUCAGCACUCACAGAGGGGCCUGGGUGAUUUCCCGUCUGGAAAAGCGAGGCUUACCAUGGGAUCAGCGCGUGGAAACGAGGUUCUUUCAAAACCUUCCCUACAAGAUUAAAGAAUGGUUGGCUCUGCGAAGCGCUCAGAAAAGAUUCGACCAUGAUACCUACGGACUUCUCCCACGGCAUGGAAUUCUGAACGCCCCUACGGUCAUAAGCGACGACCUCCCUCUUCGUAUAGCCACCGGCACAAUCAGGCUUAAACCCGGUAUUUCCUAUUUCACCAGACAAGGAGUCGUAUUCACUGACGGAUCCUCGCUGAGUCAUGUGGACGCUGUAAUAUCAUGCACUGGCUACAAUAUCAAUUUUGAGUUUCUCAAAGACAGUUACAUCCUUCCUGUUGAAGACAACCAAGUGUCUCUUUACAAACAAGUCUUCCCACCCCACCACCCUAAGUCAACCCUUGCCUUUGUGGGUCUGAUCCAGUCCUCCGGUGCGUUUUUUCCCGCGGCAGAGCUGCAGGCUCGGUGGGCAACACGCGUGUUCAAAGGGCUGGCCAGGUUACCUAGCAGAGAGGCCAUGUUGCAUGACAUAGGAUUGGAGAAAAAGCUGCUUAGAGAAACAUUCUUUGCUUCAAGGCGUCUGACAAUUCAGGUAGGAGUGUCGAAAGUUAUUUCUAGCUUGUUUCGUAGUAAACCAUGAAAUCUUGUACGAUUGUGUCACUUUGUCCUCUACCGAUAAGACCAGAAUCAUACAAAUCAAGUCCUAGCAGCUAUUAGCGUGGAGUAUGUUUUUAGUGGCCUCAACCCCUCUAAAAUCCUUAAAUAACAAUGACCGAGACCAGGUUUUAUGAGCCCGCGAGACUGAGCACCCCAGCCAAACCCUUCUUUUCACUAAAACCGCUGGACACCAACCUGGUCGAAGUCAUUGUUAUCUAUGGUCUUCUCAACCCCUCGCGUCCCCUGAUGAUCAGUUGUAGGGCUCCUAGACUAGUAACCAGAAGGUCAAAGGUUUUACUCCUAUUACGAAAACGAUUCUCAAGCCGUUUCAAGCGGGUAGCGCGUAGAACUGACGUUUUUUGUGCCUGCUUGGAAUAUUACCUUUAAUCAUAACUAUAACAAAAUUGUCAAAUCUGAUUGGUUCUCAACUGCCCAGAUUUCAGCCUUAAUUGGACAGUUUAAUAGGACAGUACGCGUCAUGCCUAAGUAAUUGGACAGUACGCGUUAUCACGCACGUGCUUAAAUGGCUUUUUUUUCACUGCUAGCAAAACAAAAUUUCGAAUUUCUUGUGUUUUAGUUUAAAAAAUAGCCUAAUGUAUCACAAAUUUUGUUAAAGUUAUGAUUAAUUGGUAACAGAACUUCGUGUCGUCCAAUUCAGUCUGUAAUCAUACUCGUGAUUAAACAAAUCGGACUUCCGCUACGCGGUCGUCCGAUUUUGUUAAUCACUCGUAUGAUUACAGACCGAUUUAGACUCCACUCAGUCCUGUUACCAUUACUAAUUACUAUAGUUUUUAAACGCAAAUCAUGAUGAGGUAAGGCAAGUUCGCGCGCGUCCAUUCUCUCUUUCGCCCACUACUUCCAAGCGCCUGCUACGCAGGCUAGAGUAAAAAUAAAGUUAUUUUCUCGCCAUUCGCCACACAAUAGGAAACUGGGCCGCAAAGACUUCUGGGACUGUUACUUGGCCUUUCAAAUAUACCAUGAUACUUUUUGUUGUCCCUCUAAAAUUUUGCAUAAGCAUUGUUUUCAAUAAACGUUUUAAGCUUGUCAGUUUUGUUUUCCCAUUACAGACCACGUGAUGCUACCCCAGGGAACUGUUUUUUUUUUCGAAUGCCGUCUCAUGCACGUGCAUCCACAUGUAUAUGUGUGCAAAAGACAACAGGCAAAUUCUUUGGAGAACAUAAGGUGGUCUGAAUUGGGAAAACAAACAUACAAGGUGAAAAGGUGUAUUUCUCUUGAGGCGAUUGUAAGUCCCUAGAGAAAGCGAAAACAAUGCUUACGCUAAUUUUGGACGGACAAAAAAGAAUAUUGUGGUAUUUUUGAAAAAGGCCUAUUUGCCAAUCGCUGACCGGGGCGUAACCAGUAACGAUCCCAGAAACAAUUGCAGUAUCCUCUUUUCCUCUCUAAAAUGGCAAAUGAAAUGUAAAGAUGUGUUCACUUGUUUCAACCACAAUUCAUGAAGCCAUUUCUUGUUAUUUAAUCUUCAGGUAUCCAGCAUUACAUAUAAAGAUCAGAUAGCAGAUCUAAUUGGCUGCAAACCGAACCUCGGAAGGCUCUUUUUCAGGGACCCUCUCCUGGCCAUCAAGUGCUUUUUUGGACCCUGCUGUGCCGCCCAGUACCGUCUCAUGGGGCCCGGGGCGUGGCCUGGGGCCAAACAAGUCAUAGAGGACACAUACCGCAAUGAAAUGUUCCCAAACGUCCAGAGAAGAAACGAAACCAAUACAACUAAGAACCAGACCAUUGUAACGUUGCUGAAGUUGGUCUGCGUUUUCGCCACCGUGGCUACUCUGAGAGAACUGUGCCAAGACCUCAACGCCGAAUGGGACGCGGUUUGGGGAUGGCUGCGAGCCGCGCGAUGAACUCUGAUUCCCGGAUGUUCACUGCGAAAGACUGCUGACACGAGCUCCCCUUGCCACGGGUUCGUUAUAGAGAAGCCAAGUUGCAACGAGGACUUCCGAUGGACUGAAUGCCGAAAGUUGUGAAUAUGCUGGAGAAUCAGUGGCUCACGGACAGAAACACUGGGAAAAAAAGAAGAAAAGGAAACUGUUCGAAGGUGACUUUAAGCGCAGAUUUAAGUAUUGACGAUUCUGUAGCUUCAACGAGAACACAGUCUCGAAAAAAGAGAAACAUUUGGUUCACAGGAAACCACUGCUAAAGUAGCUUAUUAAUAAAUCAUAGAGCUGAUAACUUUCAAUCACAACAAGGUCCGCAGUACAGUUAACACCUUAACCCUUUAAACCCUAAAAGUGAUCAGCAUCAAAUUUCUCCUUGUAAUAUCAAUGCUUUGUAAAACAGAGUGGUCAUGAGAAUUGAGAACAUGAUCAGGGAAGACGGGUCUAAUUGAUAUUUCAACAAAUUCUCCAAACUGCUUCUAUUGAAAAAGUAUAGGGACAGUAAAUGAGAAUCUCAAUUUUGAUAUUAGGGUUUAAAGGGUUGAAAAGCGAAGACUUCCAGUAGUACUUUAGUUUCUUUCGGGAUAGUAGAGCGCGCGAAAAACACGCGCACACGUGAAAAUAGCCUGAGAACGUAGACGUAUUUCCGGUAGUCGCCUCUCUCCUCUUCGGGUAGAGAGAAGCGACGACCGGAAAUACGUUUCGCUAUGCGCGAGAAGGAUAACCUUUUUUCACGCGCGUUCGCGUUUUUUCUCGCACUAUCUUCCCAAAGGAAACUAAGGGACAAAUUGUAGUCUACAAGAGGAGAGCUCUGCUCGAUACAGUUUUAACGUAAAAGAUUGAACUGCGCAAGUCACCCACGCAUGUAUAAAUAACAUAUCAGCAUUUGAAGACGACAAUAUUGUCAUAAUUAUUGAAAAGCAUUACGGCUUGGAUAAACAGAUUAAGCGCA